AUGAGACGUUAUUAUGAGGAGGAGUUCCCAACCCUCGUUGCAAUCGAGUCCCCGGAACCCACCUCCCCGUUCGCUAAUAGCCGAGUCAGAACAAGCCCUUAUGCAUCAUUUCUUCUCGAAGCCGGGAGGCUCUCUGCUGCCAUUGUUGUUGCUAUACCUGCGUCUCCCAAGUUGUCUUGUAAACACAUCACAGCUGAGGAGCUUGUGGCUUCAAAGCCACCGCAGUCGUCAAGGGGUUUGCAGAAAAUCCCGCCGACCGUGGUUGCUGCUACAGGUACACGUCUGUUGGGGAUGCUUCAGCCCAAUUGGAAAUCAAGGAAGACAAAGGAGGAAGAUGGCGGCGAAAAUCACGAUGUCACGGGUAGCCGAGGCAUGAUUUGCGGUUGUAUCGGUCCGAGCAUGGGGUGGACUCACUAG